AUGAGCGCUGAUUCUGGCUGGAUUCCCGACCAUGUAGCUGCAACGAUGACGGAUUAUGAUGAAUGCGCCAUCUCACUCAACGAAACAAUGAUACUAUUGCACAAUAAGAAUUUCCACGAAAUACAAACGAUGCUGAAAAAAGUCAACAAGAAGUUACGAGACAUCGGUCAACUGAUGCGAGCGAAUGGGGAAGUGGCAACACUACCAGUCAUCGUACCAGCAGUAUUACGAAACGGGGGUAUGAAAGAGAAACAAAAUAAAACCACCACUAUCGCCACAGACUUGCUAAACAAAACUAAACCUAACACACUUGAGAAUAAAGGGAAUUCUUCUACAACAACUUCUGUGCUAACCACCCUAUCAAACACAACAGAAUCAUUGCACAAUUCAAGUGUAAAGAUGAAGCAUUUGAAAUCUUCUACAAGUGUGCAACGAAGUUCGAAAAAAUCUACAGCAAGAACAGUAGUAUCUUCUGUUAAAGAGCUUAAAGAUAAUUCUACAACUUCUCUCAAAACAACGACUGAUGUUACUAAAACAACGUCAACUGCUAAAACGUCUGUAGCUGUAUUAAGAGAAAAUAGACAUAAACAGGUUUCAGAUUCCGACUCCUCAUCAGAGGAGUAUCAUUCGAAAGAAGAAUUACUGAAGGCCUAUUACCGCCUGCUAGAAGAAUACCAAGAAGGCUAUCUGGUGAUAUUUAUGAUGGAGUUGGCUAAGCAGGUGGCUGCUAAAGACGUGGAAGAUGUUCACAUCAUACUACGUCACAUGGCACCAAUACUUGUUGAGACACUGAAAUCAAAGAAGCUGGGUUGGUUGGGAUACCCGGUGACACACGUCUUGUUAAAGUUUGGGCUUUUUGUCUCAGAUGGACCUAUUCACCUUGUCCAAAACUACUCAGACAUGGUAUACAAUAUGCUGAGGCUACGGAACACGUCUUUGGAUGCUGAUGUGAACUCCAUCAUCGAUUACGCCGAGAUCCUCUAUGAUGAUAACGAGGGAAGACGCCUGUUCGAAGCUCUUGGGGAUUUCGAGGCUUAUCCUAAUGUAUCAAAAACCAGUACAGAAGUGUGCAAGGGUCUAGUAGACAGUUUCUUCAAGCCGUACCGUCGCCUGCUGAAGUCCAAGAGAAGACAGAACCUGGUGGAUGCCAUCACAUAUGUGCUGAAGACCAGCUUCCCGAAGAGGAAGUCAAAUGAUCACGAUAUAAUCUCUUUUAUAGUGCAUGGUAAUAAAUAUGUAUAA